AGCCGAGCCGCAUUAAUGGCCGACGCCCAAUUAAUUGGCUUAAAUGCCCUUUCACUCCUCCUCCCAACCACCACCUCCUCCCCCUUCAAAUCAACACCAUCCCACCUUUUCAAAUUCUCCCUCAAUCCCCAAAAGCCCAUCACUUGGAUUUCCCAAACAAUGGAGAUCAAGAAAUCUUCUUCAACCCGCUUGGUUUUGGCCGCGCUCCUCUGCCUGGCGGCGCUGGCGGGAGCGGACGAUUCGAUUGCAGGAAAGUGCUCCUCGGAGUUCACGAAGGUGACGCAGUGCCUGCCGUUCGUGACGGCGAAGGCAGCGGUGCCGACCAAGGAGUGCUGCGACUCGGUGACGGACUUGAAGGACACCAACCCGGCUUGCAUUUGCUACAUAAUCCAGCAGAUCCACAACGGCUCCAACGCGGCCGUGAAGAGCAUGGGGGUGCAGGAGUCGCGCUUACUCCAGCUGCAGUCGGCUUGUAAGCUGGCUAAUGCGAGUGUCAGUGAAUGCCCCAAGCUGCUCCACUUGCCUCCAAACUCCCCGGACGCAGCCAUCUUCACCAACACCUCCACGGCCACGACCACAACCCCGGCCGCCACCCCAACCACAUCGACCCCCACAACGGCUAGCAACGGAUUAUGGGACAAGCCUCAACUAGCGGGAUAUAUAAUCGUGGCCAUAGUGAUUUUCUUCCACGCGUUCCCGACGGGCACUUCAUCUCCAAUCGCGUUAUGAAAGGUUCCAUCGUCUUUGUUUUUCGUUGCCUAAUUUUCCUAGUCUUUGAUGGCUUGAACAAUGAAUUCAGCCCUGCAUUUGUGUUCUUUUUGUUGAACUUGGAACUAAGUUGCAUUUCAUUUAGAUGUAGUAGUUGUGGUAUGUGUUAUGGAGCUAUUUAACUAUAGCUACUUGCUUUCUUGGAGCUCUCCUUUCCCCCUUUCCUUCUCCAUUUUCAUCUCCAAUGGUAAGAGCUCUCUAUCUGUCACAAGAAAGUGCAAAUUUAAGACAAAAAAGAAAAAGUUAUUUGA